CGCCCGCGAUCCGUUUGCGAAAAUGAUAUCAGUAUACAAAGUGCAAAAAAUGGCUCUGCGUUCGUGCAGAUAGUGCGAAGUCUCUCCAUUUUUUCCCGCGUUCGGCAAGGCUCUACCUUUGCCAUAAAUUUUCCCCAGUCACUGUCAGAGCGCAACGAGGUACUCCGAAACAACGGCAUACUUGGCUGCUUUUGGAAGGGCCCUAGACAAUAUCUGUACGAAUAUAUAGGUACCCUGCUGCCUGUUCAACUCUUCUAUGUAUUCUGUACGUGUUAGCCGUCAAUUGGAAUUUAGUCACGUGACUUUAUCCGCCAUUCAUCACCGCACACACAUUCAUACACAAGUCUUUUAUACUGCGUGUCUUUUCCGUAUAGGCCGCUGUUGUUACACAAGCUGCUAGAUCGAAAAUCGACCUGCAAAGCCUCCAAGUUUGGCUAAUAUAUUUCGUUUCCGGAACACUGCCGUCUGGGAAACAUAGUCAUCAUGCAUCGCAAAACGCGGCUGAAGAUAACGGAUCUUAAUAAACACCUGACAUGUUCACUGUGCAAAGGAUAUAUCGUGGAUGCUACAAGCAUCAUCGAAUGUUUACAUUCAUUUUGUCGGAGUUGCAUCGUUCGAUAUCUGCACACCAGUAAGCAAUGCCCGGUAUGCGACACACAGGUUCACAAGACUAGACCUCUACUAAAUAUCAGAUCUGACAAAACUUUGCAGAAUCUAGUGUACAAACUGGUUCCAAGCAUGUUUAAAGGAGAAAUGAAAAGGAGAAGAGAGUUUUACAAGUCACAUCCACAAGCCAGUACUAGCCUCGCACAGACCGUAUCCAGAGAAGAACGCGGAGAGAUGGACGAACAAGAGCUCAUUAUUUACACCGACGAUGAACACCUUAGCCUCUCGCUCGAGUACUAUCAGCAGAGCAUUCACAUACCCAAACCUAAACCAGCCGCCGCCGCCAUAACGCGUCCCGUCGGUAACGGGGACAACGCGUCAACCAGCAGUAGCAGCGGUAACAGCAGCUGCAGCGAUACGAGCAGUGAGAGCGGCGGGAGUAAUGUAGACGUCGCUACUGGGAGCGCCGCUGAUGGGAGCACCGCUACUGGCAGCGCCGCUGGUGUGAGCACCGCUGUUGGGAGCGCACCCGGUAGCAGUGGAGGAAAUACCGCAGCGGCACCGCCGAUCGGAGAUACACGAGCCGUGGUGAGCGCGGCGGUCACGGCGGCACUGAAGGCUGCGGUUAGUGGUGCGAAGCAGGGGGGCAACGCUAAGGUACCGGAAGAGAAGCGGGGAGUUCAAACAGAUGCAGCUGAAAUGUUGGCACAGGAGCGAUUAAAAGGAAAGCCGAACGGAGCGACGACGUUGAAAAGUAGCUGCGGUCCGAUAAAUGGCAAGACGAAAGCGAACGGUGACGCUAACGGUCUCUCUGAUGAGAUUGUUGAUAAACGGUAUUUGAGAUGUCCUGCAGCUGUUUCCAUUGGUCACAUCAAAAAGUUUAUCCGACACAAGUUUGGAUUAUCACUAGCCUACCAGAUUGAAGUGAUGUACAGAGGUAGUGAGGAUGAACUUCUACCAGACGACUACACAUUAAUGGAUGUAGCUUACAUUUAUACAUGGGGUCGGGUCGGACCUUUGCCACUUGUUUAUCGAGUCUACCAGCCGCUUUCCAGACCACUGAAAAGAACUCUCACGGACAAAAACACAUCGGUUGUCCCGGAGAAAAUACCAAAGAAAACGGACUCUUCUCCACACCAGCAGAAAAUACCGCCAGCAGCUGGAGCGAAACCGAAAGACGCUUCGCUGAACCAGGGAUCGCAGGAGAACACAUCACCCGCAAUGACGCCGGUUGUGCCGCCGGGUGCAGCAAAGUCGAAUAUUGCGUUGAGCAUACCUACAAUGCCCGUGUCUGUUGUUACAUUGAACAGGUCAUAGCAAAGAAUUCUAUCAUCUCCCACACCUCUGGUCAUUGGUGCACGUCCGACAGCUGUGUGAUCUCCCAGUCGCAUUACCAAGGAGUUCUCACUGCGAUCAACGUUACAAGAACGCCAUCAGUAAAAUUCGCACGGUGUUCUCUCGGAGACUGUAUGCGAGUAUUUUGUGCAUGUUCUCAAAAGGAUGUAAAAUAAAGACUAUUAAGUUCAUCCGGUGACCCGACUGCGGCGUCGUUUGCGUUUCGUUUUGACCACCUUCUGAGGUCGCCGAAUAGACUUCAUGCCAUUACACUCAUAAACAAGAGGGUAUUUGGUUACCGAUCACGCGUCGAACAUUAUUGUGAUCUAAGAUUUAUUUUAAAUUUGAAGAGACGGUUGCGACUUUCGUUUGAUGUCUAGCUUGUCUCAACUUGUUUCUCACCAGGCUUGGACAUGCUUCUUCCAGGAUGCAAGUAUCCACUUCGGAAUG